GCACAAACAUUUUCCGUCAUGAAAACCAUCAGCAUUAUCUUCUUGGUCGCUGUGACUUCGACCUCAUUGGCUCUAGAUAUUACUCCGGUAACCCCUCCGGUCCAGCACGCUGAAGGGCCACACUGGGAUCCGGUAGACCAAGUGUUGUACUACGUGGAUACCUUCCAAGCGACCAUCCUGAGGUGGGACCCCAAAACAGAAUUGUUUACAUCCCACAAAUUACAAGAUCGAAAAUCUAUUGGGGUAAUUACCCCCAUUAAGGACACCGCGGAACAAUACAUAGUGGCGGCAGACAGGUUGGUCUACUAUUUCCAAUGGGACGGGUUCCAUAACGAUACGGGUAUUGCCACUGAGUUGUUUGAGGUGGAGCCGCAGAAACCGAAUAACCAGUUCAACGACGGCAAGGCUGAUGCUAAUGGGAACAUGUGGAUAGGGACUCUGACCAGAAACGACGACCUUGGCGUGACCUCGUUCGGAGGCUCCCUCUACCGCAUAGAAAUCUCCUUGGACUAUCACGACGAGAUCGAAGCGAAAGAGAACCAGACCAGCAUCAGCAAUGGCAUCGCAUGGAGCUCGGACAACAAGUUUAUGUUCUUCAUCGAUAGCGCUCUGAAGAAGGUCUUCAAGUUCGACUUUGACGGCGACAGCGUAAUCUCCAACGAGAGGGUGCUGUUCGAUCUGGCCGAUCACUCAGAGCUGAGCGGCAUCCCUGACGGUAUGACUAUAGAUACGGACGAAAAUUUGUGGGUCGCGUUAUUCGGCGGAUCAGCGAUCAUCCAAGUGCACCCGGUUACCGGCGACCUCCUCCAAGUGGUGCCGAUGCCAGUGCAGUUCGUGACCUCGCUUUGUUUCGGUGGAGGGGAACUCGAAAUUCUUUACGCUACGACUUCGAGGCUCCAUUUGAACGAAGAAGGGGUGCAACAACAACCUUCGGCGGGCUCGGUGUUGUCCAUCGAAGGUUUAGGGGUCAAGGGCAGGCCCGAUUUCGAAGUCGUGCUAAACAACUGAGC